AGUGAAAAAGCAACUGUGUUUUCCUGUGACCAUGCUUUGGAGACGCUCCUAAAUCUUCCCAUCACAUAGGAAUAGGACCAAAUCCUCUUGUCUUUUCUACUUAAUUUCAUUCAAUUCAAUAGACUCAAUAUCCAUUUUAAACGUAAAUGUGACUCCACAAAUAUAUUAGAGAAAAUAAAAGGAAAUAUUGUGCUUAUCGUCGUCGACGUUGCAGCAAGCAAUAGGCCCAGUGCCAAUACUACGGGAGCAGGGUUAGAGAAAGUCGAGCCGUUCAUGCACAGAUGAUGUGUUCCAUUUGCACCAUUUUGUUCUUUUUGGCGUUUUUUUCUCUCUCCCACCAACAAGAUCCCAUUUUUUCAGAUCCCCAACUUCAAAACCAGGAGACUCAACUUCUGCACCAUGGCCGUACUUAUGGCAUUGUAGAGGAUCAAAACCAGGAGACUCCACUUCUUUAUCUCCCUAAUCAACGUGAUCAGAGCCAGAAUGAGCUCGACAUUUUUGAGUCAUGGUGCAGGCGCCAUGGCCGUACUUAUGGCACGGUAGAGGAGAAGGAGCAAAGAUUCAGAGUGUUCUCAGAUAACUUGGUCUUUAUAAGGGAGCAUAACCAGAGAGCUAACUCUAAUUAUACAGUUGGUCUCAAUGCUUUUGCUGAUCUCACUCACCAUGAAUUCAAGAUCAAGCGCUUGGGUCUUUGUCCUUCUAUUCUUCGCUUUUCGAGCUCCAAUUUUCGCAGUGAUCAGAAAAAAAUUGAUGUUCCUUCUUCUCUUGAUUGGAGAGACAAAGGGGCAGUCACGAAUGUUAAAGACCAAGGGAGUUGUGGAGCUUGUUGGGCUUUCUCGGCCACUGGUGCUAUUGAAGGCAUAAACAAAAUUGUCACGGGAUCUCUCAUAAGUCUUUCAGAACAAGAGAUCAUUGACUGUGACACUACUUACAACAGUGGUUGUGGGGGAGGGCUGAUGGACUAUGCAUUCAAGUGGGUCACAAAGAAUCAUGGGAUUGAUACUGAGAAGGAUUAUCCAUAUCGAGAAGUCCAAGGAUCCUGUAUUAAAGACAAGGCAGAGCGUCAUGUUGUGACAAUUGAUGGACAUACAGAUAUUCCUUCAAAUAGUGAGGACUUAAUUCUCCAGGCAGUUGCAAAACAGCCAGUGAGUGUUGGGAUCUGUGGUAGCGAACGUUCGUUCCAACUCUACUCAUCUGGGAUCUUUAGUGGACCAUGUUCGACUUCCUUGGACCAUGCUGUACUUAUUGUGGGGUAUGGCUCAAAAAAUGGUGUUGAUUAUUGGAUUGUGAAGAAUUCAUGGGGAACAAGUUGGGGGAUGGAUGGCUAUAUGCACAUGCUUCGAAAUAGUGGUGACUCACAAGGAGUUUGCGGUAUAAACAUGAUGCCUUCUUAUCCAACGAAGAGUGGUGCUAAUCCACCUCCAUCACCACCUCCGGGUCCAGUUAAGUGCAGCCUUUUGACUUAUUGCCCAUCAGGAAACACUUGUUGUUGCACAUGGAGAUUUUUGGGGAUUUGCUUGUCAUGGAGCUGUUGUGAUCUUGAUAACGCUGUUUGUUGUAAGGAUGGUCAAUACUGUUGCCCUCAAGACUACCCAGUUUGCAACACAGCCACUGGUUAUUGCCUCAAGGGAAGUGGGAAUUGGACAGAGAUGGAUGGGUUGAAAAGGAGACAGUCAUUUGGUGGAUUCAGACCAUGGGAAGCCAUAUAGGAAAUAGCGAUGGAUGUAACAUAUUGUGUAUGUUUUUGUUCGGUAUGUUGCUGUUCUUGAGUGAAAUAUUUAUCUUAAAAGCUGAUGAUAAUUAAUAUUUAUAUAAUUAGAGUUGCAUUUAUAAGGAAAAUCUAGUAUUAAUUUA